UAUACGUGCAAUUAAAUGGAACGGAACGUACGAUUGCACUUUUCUGGCGUGCAAGGCGCGCAGUUGCAAACUAAAGAGACAGUGUGAAAAACACACAAGACAAGUAUAACCAUGUGUGUAUAAUGAAGUCGUAAAAGGGCACAGGUCAAAUUGAAUGAAUCAUCUCGCGCGCAAUUAAUAGCGACUGCACACAAAGGGAAUGAUAAAAAUGGCUAUAUUUUCAACUGAUAAAUACAGUGUAACUCUUAAUGUGUCAUGGAAAAUACUGCUUUUCGAGUUUCGACGCACAACACAACACAUGUGUCAGAAUUUCAGAAAUCAGAAUGUCUCUGCGUGUGUAUUAUAUCAGUUAUAAUUGCAAGUGCAGGUUACACGCAUAUGUAGGUAUAUGGACGAAGAUUAAAGAGUAAAAUAUUCAAACUGACGUUGAGUUGCGACUUUGAACUUAGAUUCGAUAAGAAUGGAGUACUCGGAAGAGAAUGAACGAUUAAAAGAUUAUACAAAAUGCGCUGACGUUCGGGCACAAUUGAAAAUGUGCUUACUGAAUACCGAUUGUUGCAAGAUUCAUAAAAUGACACCAAGAGAAUGUUUGUUAUCUCACCAUCCAUCAGUUCCUGAUGAAUGUCACGUUUUGAGGUAUACUUUUUUUGAAUGCAAACGAUCAUUGAUGGAUGCAAGGAGGAGAUUCAGGGGUCCAAAAACAUAAAGUCAGAGCGAUGAAAAAUUGCUUAGGUAUGAAGAUAAUAUUAGAAGUAAUUUAUUCUCGUUUUUUUCUCAUUGUACAUAUUUAAUAAAGUGUAGUUUUACAAUAA